AAGAGAAUGAAGGCCAUCUUCACUCAUCAACAUUGAUAUUGACCUACGACCGAACAGGUUUAGCCUUUGUAUGCGGUCUUUAGAACGGCACCGCGUAGGGUGGAGAUACUCCAUCGUCAUUUUAUGAAUUUCCAUUCCUCUAUACAACCUUCAACCCUCCCGUCUCAAUGCGCAUGCGCACACCGAUGAUGGAAUGACCACAACCCCAAGCCACCUCUACCGCGCCCUGCUCAGGGAAGCAACUUACCUCCCCCUCCCACAAUGUCGGUCUACCACCAAAUCCUACAUAACCACAUCCUUCCGUCGGUGGACGCCCAAGUACACAACGCCCAAAACCAACACCGGCAACGACAUUGAUUUCCUCAAACAAGUCCAACUCCUCUCCCGAGGUCGCAAAUUCCUGUCGACUCUCAAACGCGCCAAUGAAGGCUACACCACCCCGCUCGAGAAAGUCCUGCGCAUGACAUACGGACGCAUCGGGCCCAGACGAUACACGCUCCUAAAUAAAUUCACCUACCCUCCACCUCCACCUCCUCGACCAGUCUCGACUGCGCAGGAUCUGUUCAGCGAACUAGAAGCCAUACCAGACCUCCAAGACCCAAAAGCCUUGCCCGGAGCAGCAAACCACACACCCUCACCCCCUGGUCUGACCACCACACAUGAUCUAUCUACGGCGCUCCAGGAGUUAAAGGACUUGAAACCAAUUCGAAAACGAGACAAAGAGGACCCAUCCCCAGAGAAAUGGACACUCCAACCCCGUCUCGAAGCCCUCCUGACAUCCCAAAUCAACAUUCAAGAGACCUUUGAACGAACGGGCCGGCGCGUGCCCAAAGUCAAGACAAAAUUCAAGCCUCCCGAAACGAACAUAUGGGGUAAACCGCUACCCAAAUGCCGCGAAAAGAACCUCAAGCAUGAAUGGUACAACAACAAUCUGAAAGCCGCGCUACCGCCGCUGCCAGAACCGGAGUACCAGGAAUUACACGACAUGGUGACCGGCGUGAAGAAGAUGCCAUGCCAGCCCAAACGACGGACCAGGGCGCGCCAGUCCAGCGACCCCAAAGAGCAGGAAUUGCUCGAAAAGCAAUCGUCUUUGGUCCUGGAAGGCCCCAAACCAGGGCCGAGACUCAAAGACUUCGAGCAUGGCCGACCUCAUAAGAUUACGCCUCGAUUGUUGCGUCGUUUGCUCGGCCGGACCGUCUUGAAGCAGAGUCCGCUUGUCAAGACCACAGAUCCUGAAAAGACAAAGGCAGGCCUUGUCUUCACUUGGGACGAUGGGUAUACGGUCCCUCGUGUGGAGGAGAAGAAAUUGAUUACACCUACAAACAACACGCAGAGCAGUCUGCUGUUCGGUUAAUGACACCCUGAAGGCUUGCACCAGCACUGCUAUGAGCGCACACACUCGAAAUCAAAAGAAAACUUUACAGGUAUUCGAGCCUAGACUCAUAGACAUCAUAUUGCUAUCCAUCAUGUAGCCCCGGCUACAAUCACUAUGCCGCCCAAUUCAAUGGUAUCCGUACGCCUGACCCUGGAUUGAGCCACUUCUAUCCCAUUUUCCGUGCCCAUGGUAAUACAUUCGCUUGCCAAAUCACACUUUUUGCAAUUCGCUCGUCGCUAUGCUGAAAUCAAAAGUCAAAGUCGUCAGUCAUUACCUCUGCUCAUCAUGAUGGAG